AUGAAACGUGGACCCGUGUAAGUGGAUAAGUGUCCGCCCAUUCGCAUAAUACCUGUACAUCGGUGUUUGUCGCAUACACGUAUGUGUUAGGUGGAGGACUAGCGGCUUCAGCCGCAGCGUCGAGCUGAGCGACCCUAUCAAAAGCGUCAACUUCCUCAGGUACGCACCCACCCACAAACACCCCCACGUGUGUGUAUGUCGUAUGCCUACCUGUGUGUGCGUGUGCUUGCCAAUAAACCAACAGAAUUAUAUACUGGAAGAGCGGUGGCUCAUUCGGCCCCACGCGCGACCCCAGAGGAAGCGUGGACACAAUCACGUGUAUGUAUGUAUGCAUGUUUGUGUCGUGCGUGUGCGUGUUGGUGGCGUGCGGCGUUCCUGGAUUGUCUGUCUCAGCAUGACUGACAAGCAAAUGUUCACAGAGUGACAAGGCGUCACGCAUUCAUUCAUCUCAUGUUCGUUUUGUGUCUGUCUGAGGACGCGCAGGUGUCGGGCACUGCUGCUGAAGGAGUUGGUGCCUCUACUGACGAGCCACCAGUAUCAUCAGCCGCGUCUUCCGCCAAUGGUAACCAUGACCAACACUUUUACUGCAGAAAUACAAAAUCAUGCAGACACGCAGCUGUCUGUGUGUGUUGAUUGACUUGCAGGUGCCCUCAGUGUAUCGUCUGUCAAUCAGCAGCAGCAGCAGCAGCAGCACGAGGGCGCCAGCCUUCGAGAUGUGUUGGGCGCCGUGAUGCCGAGGAUUGCCCAACACGUGAGAAGCUACUCACAGGUGGCCUACUUCCGCCUUAUCGACACCGUCCGCCAGCCGCCCAUUUCCCCUGUGCGCCCCAUCUCCCUCACGGCUAACGUCCUGCUGCCCAUCCUCACCCGCCUGCUGCCCAUUGUGGUGGCGUCACUCGGCCUCGGUGUGUUGGUGGAGGUGCCCAUCCCUCAGCUCACCCAGGGUGUGGCUGUCACGGUGGCCACGAGGAUGCUCAUUGAACAGCUCAGCCGCUGGCUGUUCAUGCUCGAGAGGGGCGGCAAGUGGGCCAGACGGAAACCUGUGCUGGAGAUGCUGUAUUUGCUGAGAGGCAGGAGGCCGCUAGUGCUGGAUGACGACAACUUCGGCGUGUUCGGCGAUCGGACGGCCUUCAUGUAUGAGAGGGAGGCGGUCCGGCAGUGGAAGAUACUCAGCUGGGGUGUCACUGUGGGAGACCAACAGAUGCGAUUGAUGGCGACAAGAUUCUAG